GCCUUACUACGUCACCAGAAACGCACAGCCAGUCCUCAGUUCACUCAAGUGUCAACCCCGGUUUCCUCUUCGCUACAUUACCGGCAUAAAACUCAACGCUGACCCAAAAAAAGUUCGGCUGGGAGUGAGAUGGAUGAAUCAUCGGAACAAACGCGACCCUUCUUGAGAACCGGUCUAGAUGAGGAGGCAAUAGUUGACCAUGGAAAGACGAGCUUCUCCACGCAAUCAAACUACGAAAAGGACGAGUCAGAAAGCCACAGAGCGGUUUACGUAGGCGUUCAUGUUCCUCUUGGAAGAGAAAACAAGCGGAGGCAUCGUCACCGAGGACACAAGCACCACAGAAAAAGAAGGGAUAAAGAUUCUGAGGACGGAAAGGAAAAUGACAGAGAAUCUCCACCUUACGACACUCCAUCCCAGCGGGUCCAGUUCAUUCUGGGCAUGGAGGACGAUGACUUGGAACAUGUCCCACAUGACCUCUUCACUGAGUUGGAUGAGCUUUCCUUCAGAGAUGGUAGUGCUACUGAAUGGAAGGAAACUGCCAGGUGGCUGAAGUUUGAAGAAGAUGUGGAGGAUGGAGGGGAAAGAUGGAGCAAGCCUUAUGUGGCUACGCUGUCACUGCACAGUUUAUUUGAAUUGCGUAGCUGCAUCCUCAAUGGCACGGUCAUGCUGGACAUGCGAGCCAACAGUAUUGAGGACAUCGCUGACAUGGUGAUAGACAGCAUGGUGGCGUCAGGCCAGCUCAAGGACGACCUGCGAGCGAAGGUGCGAGAAGCCAUGUUGAAGAAACACCACCAUCAGAACGAGAGAAAGCUCAGUAAUCGCAUCCCUCUGGUGCGCUCCUUUGCUGACAUAGGCAAGAAACAUUCUGACCCAUUCUUGCUUGAAAGAAAUGGAGAGGGCCUGUCCUCUUCGCGUCUGUCCCUCCACAAGCCAGGAGCACCCUCUUCUGCUUCCAACCUGGUGCAAAGACAAGAGUCCCGAGUUUCCAUUCUACUCAACCACCUCCUGCCCUCCUCUUCGUCCAACACGGGACGCUCCCCAGGUCCCUCUCCGCUCACCACCCCUCAAAGUACUCCUGCUUUGUUUAGACACGCUUCGCCCAGCCCCCCGUGCACCCAUGGAGCAGGCUUUGGCUCUCAUAGCAUCCCAGAGGUAGUGAUAUCGCCUCCCAACGAUGAUGACCCACCAAAUUCUGCAGAGGAAGAGGCAGCAUCCCCGCAGCUCAGCUGGCAAUCAUCCUGUGCAUCCCAGGGGCUUGAGCAGCUGCCCUUAGAAGGACCACUGGUGCAUCCGAGCUCGGUUCCAAAUUACCUGGACGGUGAUAAGGCAGUGGAGCGGCGGCCUUCCAAAGUUGGGGUCAGUAGAGAAAGCAGCAGUGUCGACUUCAGCAAGGUGGACAUGAAUUUCAUGAAAAAGAUUCCCCCCGGUGCCGAAGCGUCCAAUGUUCUGGUGGGAGAGGUGGAUUUCUUGGAGAAACCCAUAAUUGCCUUUGUUCGCCUGUCCCCUGCGGUUCUUAUCACUGGCCUUACUGAGGUUCCAGUGCCCACAAGGUUUCUGUUCCUGCUUUUGGGUCCUCAUGGAAAGGGUCCUCAGUACCAUGAGAUUGGCAGAUCCAUGGCCACUCUGAUGACAGAUGAGAUUUUCCAUGACGUGGCAUACAAGGCCAAAGACCGAACCGACCUUCUCUCUGGGAUUGACGAGUUCCUUGAUCAGGUGACUGUCCUCCCUCCUGGAGAGUGGGACCCCACGAUCCGGAUUGACCCUCCAAAAAAUGUACCAUCUCAGCUGAAGAGGAAAAGGCCAUCCCAUCCUAAUGGCACCACAUCUCCAGGUGGAGAACAUGAAAACGAAGGGGACCACUAUGCAGGACCAGAGCUUCAGAGGACUGGCAGGAUAUUUGGCGGUCUCAUAUUGGAUAUUAAGCGGAAGGCCCCGUUUUACUGGAGUGACAUCAGGGAUUCCUUCAGCUUGCAAUGUCUAGCCUCCAUCCUCUUCCUCUAUUGUGCCUGCAUGUCUCCUGUCAUUACUUUCGGCGGUCUGCUUGGCGAGGCAACCAAAGGCAAUAUAAGUGCCAUUGAGUCUCUGUUUGGGGCAUCCUUGACGGGGGUGGCAUACUCUCUCUUUGCCGGCCAGCCCCUAACUAUUCUUGGCAGCACAGGGCCUGUUUUAGUCUUUGAGAAGAUCCUCUUUAAGUUCUGCGCGGACUAUGGUCUGUCUUACUUGUCGUUACGAACUAGCAUUGGUUUGUGGACAGCCUUCCUAUGUAUUGUCCUGGUUGCCACAGAUGCGAGCUCCCUGGUAUGCUACAUCACCCGCUUCACGGAGGAAGCUUUUGCAGCACUUAUCUGCAUUAUUUUCAUCUACGAGGCUCUUGAAAAGCUUUUUCAUCUUGGAGAACACUACCCUGUCAACAGUCACAACAUCCUCGACAACCUCACAUCAUAUUCGUGUCAGUGCGCUCCGCCAGUUAACGCCUCAGGUCAGCUCUUGCAGACGUGGAACCAGUCAGGAUACAGCCCCGACUCCAUCCCCUGGAGCAGCCUCAAUGUUUCCAUGUGUAAAGUGCUCCAUGGAGAUUUUGUGGGCACAGCCUGCAGUAACCAUGGACCCUACAUCCCAGAUGUCCUCUUCUGGUCCAUCAUUCUCUUCUUUACCACCUUCUUUUUGUCCUCUUUCCUCAAACAGUUCAAAACAGAGAGAUAUUUCCCCACCAAGGUGCGAUCCACUAUUAGUGACUUUGCUGUCUUUAUAACUAUCAUGAUCAUGGUGUUGGUGGACUACCUAAUGGGGAUCCCCUCCCCUAAGCUAAAUGUCCCUGAUCGUUUUGAGCCAACGUCAAAGAACAGAGGCUGGCUGAUGGACCCUUUGGGAGAAAACCCUUGGUGGACACUGCUGGUGGCGGCACUUCCUGCCCUUCUGUGCACCAUCCUCAUCUUUAUGGAUCAACAGAUCACUGCUGUCAUCAUCAACCGCAAAGAGCACAAGCUUAAGAAAGGCUGCGGCUAUCACCUGGACUUACUGAUCGUGGCAGUAAUGCUGGGCGUGUGUUCUAUUAUGGGCCUGCCCUGGUUUGUGGCUGCUACUGUCCUCUCCAUUUCACACGUCAACAGCCUGAAAGUGGAAUCCGGCUGCUCUGCUCCCGGAGAACAGCCAAAGUUUCUAGGUAUCCGGGAGCAGCGGGUCACUGGAUUCAUGAUCUUUGUCCUCAUGGGCUGCUCAGUUUUCAUGACAUCAGCGCUCAAGUUCAUUCCGAUGCCAGUGCUGUAUGGAGUCUUUCUCUACAUGGGCGCCUCCUCUCUCAAAGGCAUCCAAUUCUUUGACAGAAUCAAACUGUUUGGCAUGCCUGCCAAGCACCAGCCUGACCUUAUUUACCUGCGCUACGUUCCUUUGUGGAAAGUCCAUAUCUUCACACUGGUGCAGCUCACUUGUCUGGUGCUUCUCUGGGUCAUCAAGGCCUCUGCUGCAGCGGUCGUCUUCCCCAUGAUGGUUCUAGCGCUGGUCUUUAUCCGGAAGCUUCUAGAUUUCUUUUUCACAAAGAGAGAGUUAAGCUGGCUAGAUGACUUGAUGCCGGAGAGCAAGAAGAAAAAAGAAGAUGACAAGAAAAAGAAAGCGCGUGCAAAGCUGGAAGAGGAGUCUCGACUACUUCGUCAAGAAGAGCUCGGAUUGCAGGUCAGCUUCGACAACUCAAACCUGCUCAACCUCCCAGAAAAGACGCUCUCAGGGAGCCUGGAGAAGGCGGCCUGCGUUCGAGUGGACAUCAGCCCUGACACGCCAGGAGAGACUUCCACCGUGGAGACCUUCUUGUGAUGGCGUCUCCUCCCGCACAACACGGAGCACAACUGAGGGGACGCCAAACGUACUGUACACACAGCGAAACCUGCCAGUGUAUCUUUAGCACAGCAGGUGAGCUCCACCAGGCUGGCCGGUUGCCAUGGCGAACUGUAAUGAUGUACCGUAGAUCCACAUGUAUCGACUUUUUGUUUUUUUACCAUUUGCAUCUCUUGUGCCAAAGGAAUGGGCCGCAGUCUUGGCGUCAUUGUUAAUUUUAUGAUAUUAGUCUCUCUACUGUAAAAACGUCUCCAACACAAAAGUGAGCAGCACCAGCGCCAUUCACUUCAGGCCCUUCAGGAAUUAUCCAUGCCAUCUAAUAUUGUGGAAAUUACCUGUCGCUGUACAAAACAAAACAGAGGUACUUUGCAUCAUAUGUAACUAAAAAGGAUACCUUGUAGUGUUCUCUCUUUGUGCAGAACAGCGCUGCUUAAAAAAAUAAUUAGUUUUUUUUAAAAAUCAGAAUCUUUUUAUCUAUAAAUAUAUAUACUGUAUGUUAAAAAUAAAUGCAUGUAUGUUUUUUUCUACUGUUUCAUUGAUAACGAUGUAAAAAGAUGACGACAGAGGCCAUAUGAAGUCUGUACUGUCCAGUAAGCACUUUGCCAGCAUAUUUUACCUAACUUUACCUAAACAAGUCUCUCGAAAGGCAGCAAUACUGGCCCGUAUGUCUUUAGGGGUGCACGAUAGAUACUGAAUUAUGACCUCAAAAGAAAAAUAGCUCCGAUAACCGGUAAAAAUGGAGAAAAAAAAAGACAUUCUAAUGAGGCAAGAUUACUCUUGCUGUGCUGUAGGUGGGUUAGGGUGAGCAAAUUAAGCGCUCCUUUUCUCCUACUAAACGUUCCCUCAGGUCACUGUAAACAAACAUGCCGUCGUUCGUACUUUGUGUGCUAUUUUGCAAACAUUCCGCGUGGAGGGAAAAAACAUAACCCUUCAACACAUAAACCUUAUCAGCCACCUGAAGGUGAGCACAAACUGCAAUGUUAAAAAAAAUAUUAGUUAUUGAGAAAGGUUACAGCUUAUCUGUAUUGGUAAAAAAGUAGUGUGCAUCCCUAAUUAAUGUAUCACAAUAGUUUUAAUCAAUGCUUUUAAUUAUAAACGUUAAUGAAAAUAAUGAAGAGAAUAAUGCUAACGUCAGCUCGUUUUUACUUUGCUGUGAUGCUUUCUUGGCCAAGUACAGUGGAACCUUAAAUGUCGAACAUUAGCAGUUUCCUGACGCUAGUUAGUUAUUUAGAGAUGAAAAAUGUUUUUCCGUAGAAAUUAAUGUACAUUUAUCAUCAUGUUUUUGCUAGUUUAAUUUACCGCUAAGCCAAUGUUUUAACCUUUUCCUAUGAAAUGACACAGGGUUUAUUGUAUGAUAUAGUUUUGUUUUGUUUAUGUCUGAAAUGGAGUGGGAAGAAGCAGCGUUACCACUUAACAUAUUUGUGUAUAUUUACGUCAAGCAAAUAUCCUACUGGUAUCCACAGGUCUGCAUGGAUGAUCUUGGUAUCAAAGUAAAGGGGAUAUGUUGAUGCUUACUGCACAUGUGAAAAUGUAGCUAUUUAUGCUACUUUGUAAAUGUAAGUGUAUAUGCUGUUUGUUCAGUCAGUUAUAGCGGUAGAGGAAUGAUACUCAUACCGUUGGAAGUUUUGGCUUUCAAGCUGGGACGAGUUUCUAUUAUUAGGGUUUUGUAUUACAAAGUUAUUUAUGACAAAUGCUCAUCUUGUGGUCAUUUGGGGUUUGAAUUGUCUUGUUUUCCUAAAAUCAGUUGUUUAGCUUUUAGCUGACGUUUUUCUCUUUACGUGGACAGCUACAGUAUCGUGACAGUAAGCAAUUACCAUGGUACAGCACCUCUGGCCCUGUGAUUUUUUUUUAAGGUAAUUUUAACACUCAUAAAUGUCAUAGAAGUAUGAAAUGAAGUUAAUCAGCGUACUGCUGAUACAUUAAAACAAUGAGGCUUUUUUCUUCUUUUUUUAAAGACGUUAACAUCUAUUUAUGUAAUUAAAUGGGAACUGCAGUUUUUUGGAAUUUUGCCCAUCCACAAUCCUUGUGAGACAAGAACACACGUCUUUCCCUUUUCUGUGCGUUCUAAGUAGUGAAAAUCUGCUUUUACGUAAUUAGGGUUCAUAUAUUCCGCCUAUAAAGCAGUCUAAUAAAACAUCCACAAAGCGGCAACAACGCUCCAUUUUCAUGCCGUUACCUGCAUAAUAACCAAGCUAUUGAAAAUGUGUUAUUGUAAGAGCUAACACAGAGGGACUACUUUUUGGCGUCGUGACACAUUGCCUUGCUCACACUGUUCCUCCGGCUUAAGCUGCUAAGAGCGUUAAUUCUGACCCACCAUAAAAUAAAGAAAAAGAAGCCGGGCUGCUAAUACUUUGGUUAUAAACAAAGCACAAGGCGCUUCUGCUGUAUUGCAAAUAGUGUAUCUCACUUGUUUAGUAGUAGGUUGUGGCACCAAGAAAAUCAUCUUGAUAAUAUAUGGCUCUCAACAAAUGGAACACAGCAAAAAACUAAAAUCACAAAGCAUUUUUUACCUGAGGGAGGAUUAUUCAAAAUGUUGCAGCUGAAGGACAGCACAAGUGCUGAAAGAUACAACCAUCCCAGUGAGAGCGGACAUUGUCAGUCACUGUUUUAUGUUUUUAUUUGAAACGUUUAGCAAUAGUGCGACAUGAUAAUGCUCCACGGCUUUGAAAAAGUCUGCAGUUAGUGGUAGCAAACACAGAAAGUGCUCUCUUUGCUACUUUUGUUGACAGAAGUAAAGUUAGUUGCGAUGCACUCUGUGAAAUUAAUGUGCAUUGGAAAGAAGUUACAGGAAUGCUUAGAAUCAUCAAAAUACUAGACCCAAACACAGGACCCGGUGUCCAAAACUUUUCCAUCAAAGGCAACAUGCAUAAAGAUUUAAGAACACAGGGAGGCGUUUUGAUACAUUUUGGGCGGUUUGCGUGUACUAAAACAUGUGCAAACUUGAUAGAGCACACAAAGCUGAUCUACUAAACAUGUACAAAGUGGAUUGCGUCUGUUAAGUAAGCAGAACAAGGCGUGCAAUCCAUUUUGCGUCUCUGUUUUCAGUAAUAUGCAAAAUAUAUGCUGAUCAUCAAAAGGCCCACAAUACUGGGAAGAGAAAAUGCAUAUAUACAGCACAUGUAAUGUGAUUUAUCAACACCGUUUUGCGAGCACUAUUUUGCGUUUUAUUUAGCACGUCUGAAAAAGAUGCGCAGACUGACAGUUCCACACGACUGUGAGAAACUAGUGUUUAGGCUACAAAGACCUACGUUUACGUUUCAACAUACAGUAUUUGGACGGUCAGAAAUAAACAAAAUAUUAGACACGUAGUCGAUUCAGCAACAUCAUUUUAUAAUUUUAUAGCUGCUGAAUGACUUAAGGAGCCGAUUAAAAUAAAUUAAUUGGAUACGUUUUGGUGUCAUUUCAUAUUUUUUGGAUGACAUUCUUUUUUUAAACUAGAUUAUACAUCACUAACAUAUAUAUAUCCUAUAUUAUAAAAAACGUUUGAAUUAUGCAUUUUUUGUGUAUUGAGUACAUAAGUGCAACCUCCCUUGCAUGCACCUGUGGUAAAAAAAAAAAAGAAA